AAUGCCACCUUUAAUGUCACCCAUUCUGACAACCAGGGACGAGAAGAAGAAGCACCAAUGAGUGUUGUUUUGCGUCAUGACGUAGCACGUUGACUCGCCGUUGAGAGCCCUUGUAUGGCGUGCAUCUGCUGCUGUAAAGUUGACAUUUGUCCUCGAAGCUAACAUUGUUAGCUGCCUUAGCCAACCUUUCCCUGGUUCUGAGUGUUCACUGACUCGCGGCAGAGAAGCAAGAUGUUUCGGCCCAAACCGACGCUGAAGGACCGACAGCACCUGUACAAGCUCAUCAUUAGCCAGCUGCUGUAUGAUGGUUACACCAGCAUCGCUAACAGCCUCAUCAACGAGGUCAAGCCGCAGAACGUCGUGUCUCCCUCCGAGCAGCUGAUGCAGCUCGCUAAGAUUGGGAUGGAGAACGAUGACACCGCCGUACAGUAUGCGAUCGGACGCUCGGACACAGUGGCGCCGGGGGUCGGCAUUGAUCUGGAGUUUGAUGCGGACGUCCAGACCAUGUCUCCUGAGGCGUCUGAGUACGAGACCUGCUACGUCACAUCGCAUAAGGGGCCCUGCCGGGUGGCCACGUACAGCCGUGAUGGUCAGCUCAUCGCCACGGGCUCCGCCGACGCCUCCAUCAAGAUCCUGGAUACUGAGCGGAUGCUGGCGAAGAGCGCCAUGCCCAUCGAGGUGAUGAUGAACGAGACGGCUCAGCAGAACAUGGAGAACCACCCCGUGAUCCGAACCCUGUACGACCACGUUGAUGAGGUGACCUGCCUGGCCUUCCACCCCACAGAACAGGUUUUAGCCUCUGGGUCCCGGGACUACACUUUGAAGCUGUUCGACUACUCCAAACCGUCUGCAAAACGAGCUUUCAAAUACAUCCAGGAGGCUGAGAUGUUGCGCUCCAUCUCCUUCCACCCUUCGGGGGACUUUCUGCUGGUGGGAACGCAGCACCCGACGCUGCGGCUGUACGACGUCAACACCUUCCAGUGCUUCGUGUCCUGCAACCCGCUGGACCAGCACACCGACACCAUCAGCGGCGUCAGCUAUAACCCUAGCGCCAACAGCUACGUCUCCUGCAGCAAGGACGGCAGCAUCAAGCUGUGGGACGGCGUCUCCAACCGCUGCGUGACCACCUUUGAGAAGGCUCACGAUGGGGCGGAAGUCUGCUCGGCUAUUUUCUCCAAGAACUCCAAGUACGUCCUGUCCAGUGGGAAAGACUCGGUGGUCAAGCUUUGGGAGAUCUCGACAGGCCGGACUCUGGUCAAAUACACAGGUGCGGGGCUGAGCGGCCGUCAGAUGCAUCGCACCCAGGGCGUGUUCAACCACACUGAGGACUACGUGCUGCUGCCCGACGAGCGCACCAUCAGCCUGUGCUGCUGGGACUCCCGCACGGCCGAAAGGAAGAACCUGCUGUCUCUGGGCCACAACAACAUCGUCCGCUGCAUCGUCCACUCGCCCACCAACCCCGGCUUCAUGACCUGCAGCGACGACUUCAGGGCGCGCUUCUGGUACCGCCGCACCACCACAGACUGAAUCCAACUUACCCAGAUCCCUCAGUCAUCUCAUCCAACCGACGUCCUUCAGGUCUUGUUUUCCUCAAUGGAAUGCUUUUAGGUUUUGGGUGGAAAGGUUCCAAACAGGAAGACAGAAAAGCAAACAUGGAUCCUCAGUAAGUUCCUUUUUUCUUUAGAAAUCUGAAGGAUGACUUGAGCCAUUAAAUAGAUUUGAAGAGACCUAACUCACA